UGAGUUGAACGUUUUGGGGGCCAACGACCGGUGCCCGAGAACCAGGCCGCACCACUGCACCCGCCGCCCCGGCCGCCGCCGCCGCUCCUUGUCUGGCCGGCGGGCGGAGAGCGCAGCGCGGGGGGCCGGCGGCAUGGCUGUGUCCUGGAGGAACUGGCUGGCCAACGAAGGGGUUAAGCACCUCUGCCUGUUUAUCUGGCUCUCCCUGAAUGUUUUGCUUUUCUGGAAAGCCUUCCUGCUGUAUAACCAAGGGCCGGAGUAUCACUACCUCCACCAGAUGUUAGGGCUAGGAUUGUGUCUAAGCAGAGCCUCCGCAUCUGUUCUUAAUCUCAACUGCAGCCUUAUCCUUUUACCCAUGUGCCGGACACUCCUGGCUUACCUUCGAGGAUCCCAGAAGGUUCCAAGCAGGAGAACCAGAAGAUUGCUGGAUAAAAGCAGAACAUUCCACAUAACCUGUGGUGUCACUAUCUGUAUUUUUUCAGGUGUGCACGUGGCAGCCCAUCUGGUGAAUGCCCUCAACUUCUCCGUGAACUACAAUGAGGAUUUCACUGAACUGAAUGCAGCAAGAUACCGAGACGAGGAUCCUAGAAAACUUCUCUUCACAACCGUUCCUGGCCUGACCGGGGUCGGCAUGGUGUUGGUGCUCUUUCUGAUGAUUACAGCUUCUACAUAUGCAAUACGAGUUUCUAACUAUGACAUCUUCUGGUAUACUCAUAAUCUCUUCUUUGUCUUCUACAUGCUACUGAUGUUGCAUGUUUCAGGAGGGCUGCUGAAGUAUCAAGCUAAUUUAGAUACCCACCCUCCUGGCUGCAUCAAUAUUAAUGGAACCCGCUACCAGAAUAUCCACUUACCAAACUAUCGCUCAGAACAUUUUCAUGAAUCUUUCCCUGGAGGACUUUCGAAACCAGAUGAACUUACCCAAAACAGAUCUGUGAACAUUUGUAUGGAAGAGCCCAGGUUCCAAGCUAAUUUUCCACAGACCUGGCUUUGGAUAUCUGGACCUUUGUGCCUGUAUUGUGCUGAAAGACUUUACAGGUGUAUCCGGAGCAAUAAACCGGUCACCAUCAUCUCAGUCAUAAGUCAUCCCUCAGAUGUCAUGGAAAUCCGAAUGAUAAAAGAAAAUUUUAAAGCAAGACCUGGCCAGUAUAUUAUUCUACAUUGUCCCAGUGUGUCUGCCUUAGAAAACCAUCCAUUUACCCUCACAAUGUGUCCUACUGAAACCAAAGCAACAUUUGGGGUCCACCUUAAAAUAGUAGGAGAUUGGACAGAAAGGUUUCGAGAUUUACUACUUCCUCCACCUAAUCAAGACUCUGAGAUUCUGCCUGUUAUUCAAUCAAGAAAGUAUCCCAAGCUAUACAUUGAUGGUCCAUUUGGGAGUCCAUUUGAGGAAUCAUUGAACUACGAGGUUAGCCUCUGUGUGGCUGGAGGCAUUGGAGUAACUCCAUUUGCAUCAAUACUCAACACCCUGCUGGAUGACUGGAAACCAUACAAGCUUAGAAGACUGUAUUUUAUUUGGGUGUGCAGAGACAUCCAGUCCUUCCGCUGGUUUGCAGACUUACUCUGUGUCUUACAUAACAAGUUUUGGCAAGAGAACAGACCUGACUAUGUCAACAUCCAGCUGUACCUCAGUCAAACAGAUGGGAUACAGAAGAUAAUUGGAGAAAAAUAUCAAGCACUGAAUUCAAGACUUUUUAUUGGACGUCCUCGGUGGAAACUUCUGUUUGAUGAAAUAGCAAAAUGUAACAGAGGGAAAACUGUUGGUGUUUUCUGCUGCGGACCCAAUUCAAUUUCUAAGACUCUUCACAAACUGAGUAACCGAAACAACUCAUAUGGGACAAGAUUUGAAUACAAUAAAGAAUCUUUCAGCUGAAAGCCUUUGAGAAGAAUCAGGACUCUAAACCAGGAAUGAGUGCAAUUUCUAAGACUUUGAAGCUCAGCUGAAUCAAGUAGCUGUGUCAUGCCAAAGAGUAGCAAGGUUUUCUUAUUUAUGAUUAUUUAAAAAUGGAAAUGCAGAGGAUAUGGCAGGAUGACAGGUCACAUUACAUGUUUAAUCUGGAAACCAAAGAGGCCCUGAAGAGUAGUUGCUGUGAUGAUUCACUUUUCAGUGCUCAAAUGAAAAGAAAACUAUUUGAUGCACACUGUUGAUUUUUAUGGACGAUUCAAGAACUCCCUAGCGAGGCACUGCACUUGCUCACUGUGAGGCUGAUAGCCUUGGUCCUCUUUAAAUUGUUUUUGGUUGAACAAAUACAAGAUUGAAUGAAAUUAAAAAUGCAUUGAAACUCAGAUUACAUUUUCUACAUGAGUAUAAACAGAAUAGCUUUGAUUUAGAAAAAGCUCCAGGCAAAUAUAGUAGAUGUUUGAAGAUAUAGCACAGGACUCUGUAUUAAUACGGGUACUUUGUGUCUCCUCUUCCUCACUACUGAUGCUAAUACCUCUAUUUGAUGUCUGUGGACUUCAUGCUGAAUGAACUUUUGUAGAUGUUGAUAGAGUAUUUUUAUAUUUAUCUUUCUUCCUUUUUCCUCUCUCUAUGGAAAUCUGCCCUCCUUUGCAUGCAUCAGACACAAUGAUUUAAUCGAUCCUUUUCAUCUGCAGUUUACUUAAUCUAUUACUGUUGGAUAGUAAUGAAGAAAAUAUCAUUACUGUAAAUCAUAAAGGAAUGUAUAGACUAAAUAACUUUUUUCCUUUGUCAGUAUUUUGGCCUCUGUUAUUUUUAUUUACUUUUCCCCCCAGCAUAGAUUCUUAUUUUUAGACCCUUAAGGUACUUUGUUUAAUUUGCACUUUGAGACAGAAGAACAUUGUGUCUCUCAGUGGUCACUGAGUCAUAAGAUGUCUUUCUUUUGUCACACAUUGGUUUCUACUGGAGCCCAUUGAAAGUGCAAUCACAUUCCUGAACAGUAACAACCAAAAAACCUGCCCGUACUUUGCUUUCUACACAAGAGAAAAUAUUUCAUUAAUUAUUUGAAUUUAAGUUCAGAAUCAAGAAUAGUAUUUGUUGCAGCAUUUGGUAUUCUGGGUCUUGAUGGGAAAUUAUUGAGUUUAAAGUCACUGUUCGGACUAUACUGCAUGAUCCUAUCAGUUUAUGCUCAUUAGCCAUUAUAUUCUUGGCUCAGGGGAUGACUCUACUUCCCUACUUACGAAUUAAGUUAUUUUUGCAGUAUAGUGAUUUUGUUUUGUAGACAUCGCUCAUUUGCUAUCAAUUAUAGCACAUUGCUGAAAUAAGCAAAAUGACUUACCUUGCCUUUGUUAAAAUUUUGUGUGGUUUAACAGAACGUGAUAGAUGCUACUGUCAUUUUUUUUCUCUGAUUCACCAGUAACAACCAAGCAGGGAAACCGUCUAGCAUUGAAUAGCUAUUAAUAUAUUACUUACAGAUAUUUCUUCCUUCCCUUGGAAUUCUUUCUUAUUCUUUCUGUGGAAGGAAGGCAAGUCAGAAAAAGAUAUGGGAAAUGUGCAAUGUUCCUACAGAUUUAGCUCUAAAGGCAUAUUUGAUAACCAGUACAUCUUGGCAACACUAUCUAAAUUAAAAAGAAUUAUCAUAAAAACAUAUAACAGAAAGAACUAGUAAAAAGAAGUUUGAGGUAAUACAGGCUUGAUGUGCAAUACUCUUUACUGAUCAUAGUUUAUGUAUGUAAUUGUAUGAAUACACCUAAUUUCAGUAAAAGAGGUGGAAGGUUUUUCAAAAAAAGAAACAUCUUUAUGGGUAGGUCUGCUAUUCUUGAUGAGCAUCCUUGUUCCUUUAAAAUUCUAGUUGAUGAUCAAACAUGAAGUGUUAAAUAUAGAAAAUUUUUGCUUCUGUAGGUAGUAAUAAAAUUAGAUUUUCAUCAUGCAUGUAGAAGAGAGUUUUGUUUUGUUUUGAGGGAUUUUUUUUUUCUCCUCUGGGGCUACGUCUUGUCAUAUAGGUCUUAAAACAGUUAUGUCAGUGGUGAUAAAUAUUAAAAUUGAAAUGAUAUCUUUGAGAUCUCUAUAAGCACACUUUACCUUUGCAACAAAUAUAGCAGGCAGUGUUUUUUCACAAGAUGAUCCAAGUUGAAGAAACAUAAUUUGUUUGCAUGUACACUAGCAUGAGCAGCCUCAGGGGUUUGAAUUCUGCAACUCUGGAUGUCACUGGCCAAUGGUAUGACUGUGGCAAGUUGUUCCCACUCUGGGAUUAAGAUUUCUCAUUUGGACUAGAUUAGUAGUUAUUAAUCUUUUCUGGGUAAUGUAUCCUUUUGAGAACCUGAUUAAAAGUGAAGAUAAAUGACAUUGAUACAAAAUAUUACAGUUUUGGGAAGCCCACAAAUAAUCUCCAAAAGCAAGGACCCCAAUUUAAGAACCUCUAAACAAAAUAAUCCAUCACUACAGGUCUUUCUACCUAUACUUUUUUGUGUGAUGUUUUUUUUUUUUGCAAGAAACUAUCUAUUUUUAUAAGAUUAUAGUAGGAAAUUAGCUCUCUGGACAAAGGAAAGGAAAUUCUCUUUAUAUGCCCUCAAACAGAAUCCAGCAGAACAUUCCCUGGGUUUUUAAUCUUUUCAGGUGUCCUGCUUUAUGCAAGGGAAGGCUGUGAUUUUACAUAUCCAUAAUAAUAAAAGACUCAGAUUCAUAUACAUACAUACACACACACAUACACACACACAUACAUAUUCAGGGCUUACUUUUUUUUUCUUUUUUUUAAGUCAGGUUAAAAAUGAAAUGGUAGUUUUUUGUUUUUUUGUUUUUUUCAUUUAGUGAUUUAAAAUGCCAGCUGGGUGAUUGUGAUAAUAGAAGCACUUAAAGCAAAAAAUAAAAGAAAUAUAGACAAAGCAUAGGCUGAAAUGAUUUAAUUUCUAUAUCCAAGUUACUUAUGACUCCCCAAAUCAGUGUUUAUUUGGAGCACUCACAGCAGGUAAUAGACUUAAAUGAUACGGCAUUGUUAAAGAGGCUGGCUGGAAGCCAAUGGGCCAUUGUCAUCAACAGAUAAUGUUAGUGCUAAAGAAUGUCUAUGAUGUUAAAGAGAAAAAAAACUUAAAAAAAUAUUUUUCCCUUAAGGUUAGCUCAGCUAAUCUGUGGUGUUGUUUUUAAACAAACUGGUGAGACAUUUUUAAAUGCUGCUUAUUGAUAAACAUUUCCUUUUUGUGUGCUGUCCAGGAUAUUUUCAUACCCAGUAAUGUUAUAGGAACAUAAAAGUCUGAAGUUAGGAGUAGUACUUUUAUUUUGUGGUCUACAAAACCAAGGCAUAAAGGGAAAUGGUAUCUUGCUCCAUCAUCUGCUGGGUGAAGUGUAUGGCACAGGGAAUGCAUAGUAAUAUUGUAGUAACGUAUGGUGACAGGUAGUGACUGCACUCAUUGUGGUGGGGGAUAAAAAGUCUUCUUUGAGUUUGUCACAGAGCUGAAACUGGGGUUCAGCCUUCCUCACCUCUGCUACUGAAAGAUGCUCUCCCCCUCCUCAUGACAUACAUAUCUAAUAAGAUGUAUCUGGUUCUGUUAGUUUGAGUCUCCCUGUAAACUCUAUUUAGUGCAAGGUGGAAAAUAAGGUAGUAUGUCUUAACUCCAGAUUCAGGUGCAGAAAAUCACACUCUUCUUCCCUAUGUAUCUUCUGAUUCUAAAUGUAAGUCUUCUAUAUUUUGCCAAUUAGUACCUAUUUCCAGAAAUCAGUUUUAAAAUAUGGCAAUCAUGCCAAAGGGAUUAUGUUCUCCAGAACUUUGAAGAAAUAUGUCAUAGUAUGGUUUCUAGGAAAAACUAAUAUUUAAUUUUAAAUUUAGAUUUAUAAACAGAAGUCAUAACUUCCCAGCUUUCUAACCAUCCAGGGAAAUGUUAUUAACACAGAUGAUUAUUAUUCUCUACUCAUAUGACCAUUAUGUUCAGGAGAAAAGAAGCAGCUUUUUGUUAACUAGAGAGACAGGAAAUAAAUGAAACCAAGCAUAAUGAGCAUUUACUUCAACCAGCGCAGAACAAUGAGAACUCUCUGUCUCCUUCUGUCUAAAUCCCCACUCCAUUACCCCAGCUUCUUUAUCCCAUACUGUGGUAUUCUCAAAGGACAAAGUUGCGAAAGCUAGCUGGAUGAAGUUUUCCAAACCAAAGAAGCAGAAGACUUCAAAUACUUAGCAAAGAAGGGUCCAUUAAAAGAGAAAGAGAAAAAUGGCCAUGCCAGUCACUUAAAAUUAGCAAAAAGUUAAGUAAUGUUGUUUUAAAACAGAGACCAGAAAGUUUUUUGAAGUGAAUAUGCAGAAUGUUUAGUUUCUCUUAUAAAAAAAAAAUUAUGGCCCUGUUGAUAAAAUCUAGAAGUGGAUUUCUUAUUUUACAACAUAAAAUAACACAACAAUAAUCUUACUGCAGUGUUAAGCAGCAUUUUUAUUGGUAAGGGCAAGAAAUGCUUCAGAAGAGCAAAACUACGAAGGAAAAAAAAAGGAGUCAAGGAAAGAAAAAUUAUUGAACACAUCAGAACGUGAUGAUGCUUUUCUUUUCAGAACUUGAUAGAUGUUCAAGUGUGGCAGAGCUGGCUAUUACUGUGGUUUGAGAAAAUGUAGAAGGAUGUAAUGUUUGGUUUGUUUCUAGGGGUCCUUUCACAUUUACAUUGCGAUUAGAAUUUUAGCAGAAGCGUUACCUUUGAUCAGAGUUAUAUCUGGCUUCUAGGAGAAUUAGAGCUUUCAUGAGCUGCUGGUUGACCUGGAGACAACCCUGCCGUUUAGACGAGAACCAGCAUUAUGUAAAUGUGCUAAUAUAUGUAGCAAUAAAAAAAAAAAAAACGGAGUCUGCCAUGCAUUUUUUCAGCUGCAUACACUGCACAUUAAAAUUCUGUCACUGCAAGGUCAUAUUUCUCUGCUCUUAUCCUUCCACCCAUUGAAUGAACCCUUCUUCAUAAAUGCAGACACUGAGCAACAGAAGUUCUGUCUUGUAUUGUAACAGUGUAUCUGUUCACCUGCACAUUCAUUUAAAACUAGUUAUCAAUUAGGAUGAUUAUAUAAUUCAUUUUAGUGGUGAGAAAUCUCCACAAUGUACAAAAUGGGGGGGCCUUGAUUAUCUGCUAAAAAAUACAUGGCAGCCAACACAUUAGGGAGAAAACACUUCCAUCUUCUAGGUGUUCCCCUCCAACCAACUCUUAAAAGAAUGUAAAAUACCUUAUUACCACAUAUAUGUCAGAAUGUGACCUGGGUUGUACUCCACAUUCUGUGACUUGAUGUACUUACUGCACAGUUUAUUCUUGAUUCCCAGGGACUGGCUAGUUUAGGAAAAAUCUAGCUCUCAAGUCAGCUUAGCAUCUUUAACCACAUAGCUAGGUGCUCACCAGGUGCAAUUAUGUCCUUGUUUUAAAGAUGGUCGCCAUUUGCUUACCAAAUGGCAUUGACAGGGACCUUUCUUUCAUUUUUUUCUCUUCACAUUAAAAUUUGAUUCAUAUUCAGAGUUGGGAAAAGUAGAAAUUGCUUUCAAAAGUAAUGAUUGAUUGAAGUUCUGUUUACCCUGAGAGUGCCAGGGUCAUCAUUUUGUCCAGCUACCUUUAGUGUGUAGAGUAGACAGGCCCUAGGUUAGAAAUCCAGAGAUGUGUAGCCUUUGCCCCUGAAGAGUGUAAGGCUAUGAACAUAAAAAUGUGUGAUUUCUACCUCUGCUUGCAUGCCUUUUAUUGGGAUGUAGUGGAGCAAGCAUGUGGGGAAGAAGAGGGGAAAACUUGCUGAGGAAGAGAAAUUCCCUGGGUAAAUCAACCUUAGUAAAUUUUUUGAUAACAUAGCAAAAACCAAACACUGCUCUGAGGAAGUAUAAGCAUAGGCUUUUAUGAGUCACAGUCCAUUGUACCUGAAAGGCUUAGAGUUUAAUUAUGUUUUCUGGGCAAGUAGAGAAAUACCCACAAGCAAAUAAGCAUCACUAUCUAUCUUUGUUUUUCUGAGAUUCCCAUAAACAUUUGCCUGUUAUAUUCAAUAUAGCUGCCUUCUGGAUUCCUCUUCACUAAUUUUGAUCAGGCCCAAUGUGGCUAGAGAUGGUUGUAUUGAUCUAUGACAGUCAAGCUAGGAAUUGCCAGACGGUGAUAUAAGUUAUCCUACUUUCUUAAGGUUUGAUGGAGGAAAAAGCAGCUAUUUAUGAGACAUCCUACUGAAUUAAAACCAAGGCCUAUAUCUUAAAACUAGAAAUAAUUCUAUAGAGAGAAAAACAGCACUUCACUGUAGCUAUUUUUUUCCUAGAUGAAAUAAAAUUAAUCUUUUUUAAAACUGUUACCAAAGAUACUUCACACUAUGUAUCUUCAUCAAAGCUGUGUUAUUUUGUAGAUAUUUGUAUUUAAAUUGUGUGUGUGUGUGUGUGUGUGUGUGUGUGAGAGAGAGAGAGAGAGAAAGUAAAUUGCCUGAAUGAAAAUGACAUUCUGCAAUAAUGUGUAAUGACACUUUCUAGCUUUCAUAAUAAGCAUUCAGUGGUGGCAGGUAUGCAAUUGGAGGAAGCAUAGUUCUAUCAAAAUAGAGAUGCUCAGCAAUCCAAGUGUGGCAUUUGAUUCUUGUCUGGCUAAAUGGAGGUGUGAGUUUAUACCUUGCUAGAGAGGAAGCACUAACCCGGAGUCAAUACUUGCAAAGAUUUGCAAAAAAAUAUAGAGAGAGUUAUUUUUUAAUGUAAUUUUAUUAUUGUAAAGACAUGGUAUGUUUGUAGAAAACCUUUAUUGUUUUAGAACAUGGCACAGUGUUCAAAAGCUAAACAGAGAAAGAUUGGACAAAUAUACUUAAAAUCCCUCUCAUUAUAAACUAAUUGUGGAGAUACCUGGGUGGCUCAGUGGUUGAGCAUCUGCCUUUAGUUCAGGGUAUGGUCCUGGGAUCCUGGGAUCGAGUCCCACAUCAGGCUCCCCACAUGGAGCCUGCUUCUCUCUCUGCCUGUGUCUGCCUCUCUCUGUGUCUCUCAUGAAUAAAUAAAUAAAAUCUUAAAUUUUUUUAAAAAAAAUAAACGAGUUGUGUAUCUUUGGCAGUUAUAAUCAAGAAUUUUCUCCAGGAUUUUUUUACAACAGGUUAAUGUUAUUUUCUCCAGGAUUUUUAGAACAGAUUAGUGUUCUUUUCAUCCUAAUGAAAGAACCAAUGAUCACACUAGUCUUACUUGUGAAGAUAUUAAAUAAGCAAUAUUUAAGAAAUGUUCCUUUGAAGCAUUAAAAGUGGUCUGAUUCCAAACUUCUCAACUCUUGUAACUUUCAUUUUGUCUGAUGUAUAAUUGGGAAAUAUAGAAUGCUAAUAUCUAAAUUUAAUAUGCUGGGUUUGGGAUUUUGGUUUUAUUUGGGGGUUGGUGUUUUUUAUUUUGGUAUUAUUCUUAUGUACAUCUCCUAAUCGUGCCUGUUAAAACAUUGAAAUAUUUAUACAAUUUAAAGAUGUCAAAAUCAUAUUUUUUUCUGCAUAGAAAAUUAAUA